AAAUACAAGAAAAUCUGCCCAAUGGGGACAAAGCUUGCAAGAAAAAAAUAAAAAGCCACCAAACAAAACAAAACAAGAAAACUUGUUUGUACUGUUGUAACCCUCCCCUGGUGUUUAAUGUGGAGAGUGCCCCCCGUGCUGGGUGUCCUGUACCUGAGCUCACACCCCUCCUCUCGGCCAGUCCAUCUCCCUCCGCUCCGCCCGAGUACCCGCCUGCUCUUACUCACUUUCCACAACCAAAACAAUCCCACAGAGGAAGCCGCCAUGGAGGCCACAGAGGACUCGGGGGUGAUCGCCCUCCUGGCUCUACGAUCAGCUCCAUGCAGCCCCGUCCAUGGCCGACGUAAUGCCCCUAAUCUAGGAACCCCUCCGAGCGACGGACCCGUACUAGCCCGCCUGGAGGGCCGAGACUUCGAGUUCUUCAUGAGGAACCCUUCAGUCAUUAUCGGACGGGACUCCAGCCAGGGCUCGGUGGACGUCAAUAUGGGCCGCUCCAGCUUCAUCUCCCGCCGACACCUCCAACUCAACUUUGUGGAGCCCAACUUCUACCUCCGAUGUCUGGGAAAGAACGGAGUGUUCGUGGACGGGGCCUUCCAGAGGAGGGGGGCGCCCCCGCUACAGCUCUCCCGGCAGUGCACAUUCCGUUUCCCAAGCACAAUUAUAAAGAUAAGAUUUACCAUUCUUUACCAGGAAAAACAGGAGCGCCCCACCUUGCCACUCUCUCCUAUAUAUCACCAAAUUUCACCCUUAAAAAUACAUAUCCCUGAGCCAGAUGUGCCAAGCUUUAUCAGUCCUUUACCAUCACCUACAGGAACGAUCAGUGUUCCCAACUCUUGUCCUGCCAGUCCACGGGGCGCUGGGUCUUCAGGAUUGCACUUCAUUCAUAAUAUUGCUUCAGAACUUAAGCUGGCUGCAGAGUGUGCAGCCAAAGCUGCCUCAGAACAGCACACAGAGACAUCUGGAGGAGAAUGUCCCAAGGAUGCCUCUAAGCCUCCAUAUUCCUAUGCACAGCUCAUCGUUCAGGCAAUCUCCUAUGCACAAGAUCGACAGCUCACACUGAGUGGCAUCUAUGCUCAUAUUACCAAACAUUACCCAUACUACAGAUCAGCUGAUAAAGGUUGGCAGAAUUCAAUACGGCACAACCUGUCACUAAAUCGAUACUUUAUCAAAGUACCACGUUCUCAAGAAGAGCCUGGAAAAGGUUCAUUCUGGAGAAUUGACCCAGCAUCUGAAGCCAAACUUAUUGAACAGGCAUUUAGAAAACGCAGGCAGAGGGGUGUUUCUUCCUUUCCUACUCCAUUUGGUCCACUUUCUUCAAGAAGUGCUCCUGCUUCUCCGACAUACCCUGAUCUGUUGACGUCGAAUUCCAGUGGCUUGCAGACCCCUGAGAGCAUGUCACGAGAAGGCUCUCCCAUUUCACAUGAGUUUGGUUUAAAGAUGGCAUCUGUGUCCGAGUGUCGAUAUUCCCAGAGUGCCCCAGGUUCCCCAGUGAGUGCUCAGCCACUCAUUAUGGCCAAACCUACACAGACUGCAAGUUUUAUGGCAAAGCCUUUGACAUACAUGUCUGCUUCAAUCAUGACCUCACAGCCCACAAGUCAUGCUAUACAUGUUGUGCAGCAGGUUCCCACUGUCACUAUGGUUCAGGUACUGACAACACCCACCAAUUCUGCAAAUGGAUACAUUACUACAAACCAAAGACCUAUUGGUGAGGUACAUGGAAGAGUAAUGGAUUGUGGCGUUUCUACCAGAGGUGCAAAAGAUGAUGUAAACACUAUAACAUUUCCUACAGUUCCCAUUCUUCCCGGCAGAGUUAUUCAGACGAUGGCAAGUUCACUGUCUCAAGGCAUUCCUGGGCAAAAACUUACACUCUUACAACCUGCUACUACUCUCAGUUUAAUGCAGCAUUCGUCAUCAUUGAACACAAGUGGAAGAGAAAUGACUACUGCCAGUCUAGCCGGAAGUGUUUAUGCCAUUUCAAACCCACUGCAGCUUCUUGCAACUCAAGCAAGCACUUCACUUCCUGUUGCUGUGUCCAGUGUUCUUAAUCAAGAUAAGCAAAAUGAGCCCUGCCAAAAAAAAGCUCGCCUAGAAGAGAGUUGUGCAGUGCAAGCUGAAGUAAUCACAUCUACAUCCGCACAAGCUGAUGGGACUGGAGAAUGAGAAGAGAUGAAAUGUGUUAGUAGGGGUGAUUUAUUUUUUGGGGGCAAACCCAAAUGCUAGUCAUUUUUGUAAACUAGGUUUAUUCCUAUCAAUAUAAUAGACAAAGUACAAUUUCUGUACUAAAUAUUACACAGUUGACAGCUGUGCAUCACAUUCACUGACUGAUAAGGCAAUACGUGAUCGAUCAUGUACUGUACAUUUCAUUGCUGCUUUGCAGCCUUCUGCUACCUGAGAAUUUUUAAAUAGAUGCAAAGCUAUUAAUCAGCCUAUCGGUUUGGUAUUCUUUAUUGCUUUGCAUCCACCUGAUGGAGCAUGGCCAAUGACCAAUAUAAACUUUCUUCUAA